AUGUCUUCUCCAACUUCUUCGCCCACCCCCAUCUUCACUCUUGCUAUUCGUCGCCCGGUUAUGUGUGUUAGAUGGCAAUCAACGCAUCAUAACAGACAGGGGCCAAACGAAGAAGAAACGGGGCACGAAACGAACAAGAUGCACUUUCAAUGGAAGAAACUCAGUUUCUAUACUCGAAUCAUUUCUAUUGAGAAAAUAUCCGAGUACUUAUGCUACCGUAACCCAUACACUGAUUCUGAGUCUUUUGAAUCCAUUAUCCUUCUUUUGACCCAUCUUCAUCCGAGACACGUGUCAUCCAUCUGA